AGAAGCUUUGGCCUUGGGGACCUUGGGGAUCUCUGGAGGACAAACCAGUACAGACCCUACCCCUUAAGUCACUGGAAACCCCAGUUGGCUGAAGCUUUCAAAAAGUACCCAGGAUGUCCGUUCAAGCCCAGGCAGCUCAUCUCCAGCCCCCACCCGCAUUGUUUCUAGGUCUGGUCCCUCAAACCCUCACUUUGAGGUGCUUGAGGUCAGAGCACUGUCCAGGGUCAGAGCCCAGCUACAAACUGGCACUGAUCGGCCUUUUCACACCAGUCAGUGGAGGAAGAGAUGGCAGGCCCUAGUCAACUCUGCAUUCGCCGCUGGACUACUAAGCAUGUAGCAGUGUGGCUGAAGGAUGAAGGUUUCUUGGAAUAUGUGGACAUUUUAUGCAACAAGCACCGACUGGAUGGAAUCACAUUACUCACCCUGACUGAAUAUGAUCUUCGGUCUCCUCCUCUGGAAAUCAAAGUCCUAGGAGACAUUAAAAGGUUAAUGCUCUCUGUCAGGAAAUUGCAGAAAAUCCAUAUUGAUGUUUUGGAGGAGAUGGGCUACAACAGUGACAGCCCCAUGAGUCCCAUGACUCCAUUCAUCAGUGCUCUUCAGAGUGCAGACUGGCUCUGUAAUGGAGAGCCCACACACAGCUGCGAUGGACCCAUCACUGACUUGAGUUCUGAGCAGUACCAGUACAUGAAUGGCAAGAGCAAACAUUCUGUUCGAAGAUUGGACCCAGAGUACUGGAAGACCAUACUGAGUUGUGUAUAUGUUUUUAUAGUAUUCGGGUUUACAUCUUUCAUUAUGGUUAUUGUUCACGAGCGAGUACCUGACAUGCAGACCUACCCACCACUCCCGGAUAUAUUCUUAGACAGUGUUCCCAGGAUCCCGUGGGCCUUCUCCAUGACUGAAGUGUGUGGCGUGAUCCUGUGCUACAUUUGGAUCCUCGUUCUUCUUCUUCACAAGCACAGGUCGAUCCUCCUGCGCAGGCUCUGUAGUCUGAUGGGCACCGUCUUCCUGCUCCGCUGCUUCACCAUGUUUGUGACCUCCCUCUCGGUGCCGGGACAGCACCUGCAGUGUACUGGAAAGAUAUAUGGAAGUGUGUGGGAGAAACUACGCCGGGCGUUUGCCAUUUGGAGCGGCUUUGGUAUGACCCUGACUGGCGUCCACACUUGUGGAGAUUACAUGUUCAGUGGCCACACAGUUGUUCUAACCAUGCUGAAUUUCUUUGUCACAGAGUAUACUCCAAGAAGCUGGAAUUUCUUGCAUACUCUAUCCUGGGUUCUCAACCUCUUUGGAAUCUUCUUCAUCUUGGCGGCCCAUGAACAUUAUUCCAUUGAUGUGUUUAUUGCCUUUUAUAUCACAACAAGACUCUUUUUGUACUACCAUACUCUAGCCAAUACCAGAGCCUAUCAUCAGAGUAGGAGAGCGAGAAUUUGGUUUCCUAUGUUUUCUUUCUUUGAAUGCAAUGUUAAUGGCACAGUACCUAAUGAAUAUUGUUGGCCAUUUUCUAAACCAGCAAUAAUGAAAAGACUAAUUGGAUGAAGACUGUAUCUCUGUAAUGAGUUUGUUGUUAAAUAUACAGUAGUUACGGAAUGAAAAC